CUUUUCCUCUUUCUUUCCUUCUUUUCCUUUUUUUUUUCUGUCACAAGUCUCUAAAACUCUCUUCUUGGGUUGUCUGAUUCUCUCUGAACCACACAGCGUCACCGGCGAGCUUAAUCUCGCCGGAAAGUUGCCCUAUGUUGGCCGGAAUACAUUAAUUUUCGAUUUGAGCUCUGAAUUCUGAUUCUGUUUCCCUUUUCUGCCACUGUUUUGGGUCUCUGGAAACAACCAGAAAUAACAAAAGAUAUUUUUUUUUUCUUCGCUUUAUUCUGAGUGAGAUUGCAGGGAAAGCAAUGCAGAGAGGGGAGAUGAGAUUUUUGAAAAAAAAUCACGAGAUCCCCUGUUUCUGAAUUCUUCAUGUUUUAGACCUCCUGCAAGAUUCAUUUUUUCCCCUUUUUCUCUCUCCUUUAAAAAGUGUCGUAUGAGAAGGUAGUUGGAUUCCGUGAGGUGGAUUUUGAGUUUGUUUUUGUGCUGGAGAGUUGGUGUUUGAAUUGAGGAUGAGUAUAGUUCAAGGAAACUAGCAAGCGGAUACUUUUUCAACAAUACUGCUCCUUUUUCAGUUUCUCGGGACUCAGGCUGCAGCAGGAUGCCUUUUCAAAUCAUGGAUCGCAGGGGCGUUUCUGCUUCAUCCCACUUUUUUGAAGACGUUUCCUUUCGUUCUGAGAGGAAUGUUGGAUUACGGAAACCGAUAUCCAUUAAUGAUCAUUACCCACAAGGAAGCAAUGGAAUGGUAGCAUCACCAGGAAGCAUUUUGAACAGUACACAACCCCUUGAUGUAAAUGCAAAAGCUGGCUUGCUGAUGUCCCAGGCUAGUCUACCUGGGGAUAGUAUAGAUUCCAAGGAAUCAUUGAAUUAUCGCCCCAAAUCAUUCUCUGAUGCAUCUCUGCAGUCGGCAUCUACCUCAUAUGGCUUAAUUGGGAACAAGAUUGUGAGCAAUGCUGGCCCCUGUGAAAGUAGUUUAUUCUCGAGCUCUAUGUCUGAGAUAUUUAGCCGAAAGUUACGGUUAUUUGGAAAUGAUGUUCAGUCUGAUAGGACUAUUACUGCUGGUUUCCCGGAGGAACCAUGUAAAUCUCUUAAAGAAAUGGAGGCUGACACUAUAGGGAAUCUCCUUCCUGAUGAAGAUGAUCUGUUUUCUGGUGUUGUUGACGAGUUAGGAUGCAGUUCUCAUGCCAAAACAAUUGAUGAUUUUGAAGAUUUUGAUCUGUUUAGCAGUGGCGGAGGCAUGGAGAUGGAAGGAGACGAACAUUUAAGUUCAGGAAAAAUAAUGAAUGGUCUUGAUGGAGAUUAUGGUUUCUUUGGAGCUUUUAAAGGAAAACUUCCAUUUGGUGAACAGCCUUCUAGAACACUUUUUGUUAGAAACAUUAAUAGCAAUGUUGAAGACUCUGAGCUAAAGGAUCUCUUUGAGCAAUAUGGAGAUAUCCGAACCAUUUAUACAGCCUGUAAGCAUCGUGGGUUUGUCAUGAUUUCUUAUCAUGAUCUAAGGGCAGCACAAAAUGCAAUGCAAGCACUUCAAAAUAGGCCAUUGAGGUCUAGGAAACUUGAUAUACAUUAUUCAAUUCCUAAGGUCAAUGCUCCAGAGAAGGAUAUUGGCCAUGGUACGCUGAUGCUAUCUGGACUUGAUUCAUCUGUUUUAAAUGAUGAGCUUAAAAAGAUUUUUGGAUUUUAUGGAGAAAUUAAAGAAAUUUAUGAAUAUCCAGAAAUGAAUCAUCACAAAUUUAUUGAGUUUUAUGAUGUCCGAGCUGCGGAAUCUGCUCUUCGUGCUUUGAAUAAGAUUGACAUUGCUGGGAAGCAGAUCAAGCUUGAACCUGGUCAUCCUAGUUUGAUGCACCAGUCACAUAAGGGCCAAGAUGAGCGAGAUUUGGGUCAGAGUAUUAUGGACAGUUUACCAUUAAGACCAAAGGCAACAGGGUCUUCUGGAGUAAUUGGAUCUGGGGUCUUGGAAAAUGGAUAUAAUCAGAGGUUUCAAUCUGCACUGCGACAACCUAUUAAUGCAUUUAUGGAUAAUUCAUUCAUUAAUGUGAACAACUCUAGUAUUCACAACACUGUGAGAGGGGCAUCUGCUGGAAAGGUGUCUGGAGUUUCUGAGUCUAAUGGCUAUAUUGAUGCAAUGAAAUUUGCAUCUAGUUCAAGAUUUCAUCCUCAUUCCUUACCCGAGUACCGUGAUAGUUUAGCUAAUGGUAGUCCUUAUAACUUUUCUAGCACCAUUAGCAACUUGGCUAACAAUACAGGUGCUGGAGCUACAGAAGCCUCUGAUGGCAGGCAUAUUCAGGGAAUGGGCUCAACUGGGAACAUAGCAGAAUUUAAUGCGGGAGGAAAUGGCAUACGCCCACAUGGACUUUAUCAUAUGUGGAACAGCUCCGAUUUGCAACAACAACCUUCAUCGAAUAAUGUGCUUUGGCAGAAAUCACCAUCAUUUGUUAAUGAUGCUUGUUCUCCAAACCUUCCACAGAUAUCAAGCUUUGCUAGAACACCCCCACAUUUGCUGAGAACACCACAUAUGAUGGACCACCAUGUUGGAUCAGCACCAGUUGUUACAGCCUCACCCUGGGAAAGGCCAAAUUCUUAUUUGGGAGGGUCCCCUGAUGCUUCUGGUUUUCGCUUGGGCUCUCUAGGGAGUGGAGGUUUUCAUGGUUCCUGGCAAUUGCAUCCCCUGGAUUUUCCUUCUCACAAUGUGUUUUCUCACGUUGGUGGGAGUGGCACUGAACUGACAUCCACUGCAGGGCAGAACUCUCCUAAGCAGUUAUCUCAUGUUUUCCCUGCAAGGCAUCCCAUGUCUUCAAUGUCAAAAUUUGAUACUACCAAUGACCGAAUGAGAAACCUUUAUCACCGUAGAAACGAAUCAAGCACCAACAAUGUUGACAAGAAGCAAUACGAGCUUGAUCUAGGUCGUAUAUUGCGUGGGGAAGACAGCCGAACUACCCUUAUGAUAAAAAAUAUUCCUAACAAGUAUACUUCAAAAAUGCUUCUUGCUGCAAUAGAUGAGCAAUGCAAGGGAACUUACGAUUUCCUGUAUUUACCGAUUGAUUUCAAGAACAAAUGUAAUGUUGGCUAUGCAUUCAUAAACAUGAUUGAUCCUGGUCAAAUUAUCCCUUUCCAUCAGGCUUUUGAUGGGAAAAAAUGGGAGAAGUUUAACAGUGAAAAAGUAGCCUCACUGGCAUAUGCCCGAAUUCAAGGAAAAGCUUCUCUCAUUGCUCAUUUCCAGAACUCAAGCCUGAUGAACGAAGACAAGCGAUGCCGUCCUAUCCUCUUCCAUACUGAUGGCCCAAAUGCCGGUGAUCCGGAACCUUUCCCCAUGGGUGCCAACAUCAGACUGCGAGCCGGAAAAUCUCGGAUCGGCGGCGAGGAGAAUCGAAGCCAAGGGAGUCCUUCAGCUUUGGCAAGUGGAGAAGAGUGUGGUAAUGGGAUAGACACUUCAAAAAACUAACCAAUUUAGCCUUCCUUGGGCACUAACUCUUCAACAUUGCACCAUUAUGUCAUGCCAUGCCAACCCAAAAGUCUGUAUAUUGACAUUUUCUUUUUAUGAGAGAGAGCCAGGAAUGAAAAGGGCUCACAAUUUUUUUGCCUAUAGAGGAGCCUUGAACACAAGUUUCUGAGGCUAAGGUACAUAACCAGAAUGAAGUAACUCAUUAUUGUAGUAACUUUCCUUAUUUCCCUGAAUUUUUCCAUCAUGGAGUCCUUCUAUCUUCUCACAACAUAGAGAAGUUCAAAAUUUGUUAGCUGUCAAAGGACAAUGUCACCAUUUGCAUUUAGCUCCCGUCAUAAUUCUGGGGUGCAACUUCAAGGGGCUUUAAUGCAGAUUUUGUUGUUCAUAUGUAUUUUUUUUUCCUUUUAAUUUUAUGACUGUGGGGCGUUUGUGCUCUUAUGGGAUCAGUUUUUGUCUAUAAAAAGGUUAAUGUCGAGGAACAUCUUUAUUAUUCUGGAA